CUUGACUGGACUCGUACAGGGGGAGCUCGACUGACUCUGGAGUACUAACGGAUUUAUUCCUCCUAAUAUUCUGAAACAAUGACAAUGCGAAUGGAAAUGUGAACGAUUUUUUUUUAUUUUUUAGCCUCGCGCAUUUCUUUAAGAGUAGCCGGUUUGUGAACCUUAGUACAUUAGUUAGUAUUAGCUGUGACGUUUGGAAACUUUGGUAACUCGCAGAAAAACGAAGAGGGAACCGAGAAGCUUGCGAACAAAUGGACAUUGACGCAUUUUUGUGAGUUUUUUAGUUUGUGACUGUUGUCUACGCGUCGUACAGCUGUGUGCCACGGAAUGUAACAUCUUCGCAUCUCAAGUUACCUGGACUAAGAAAUCACAGUGGGUUUACUGCUGUCAUUAUCAUGAAGAUGAUGCAAACGAUGCUACUCGUCUUGAGUUUGUGUAUCUGGGGUUGUCAUGGCAACAACCGCAUAGCACCCCGAGUGCACCUGUCAUAUAAAGAGUUACUGGAGACAAAAACCAUACGACCGUUCAGUUUCUCCUUCAACACCAGUGACUACCGAAUUUUGCACAUGGACCAGGACCAGGGACGGCUCUACCUGGGCAGCCGCGAAUAUGUGGUCUCUCUGGACAUGCAAAAUGUCAAUAAAGAACCCCUUAUUAUUCACUGGCCAGCGACAGCACAAAGAAAGGGAGAGUGUAAACUAACUGGCAAAGGAGGACAGGGAGAGUGUGCUAACUUUGUGCGUCUGAUCGAGCCGUGGAACAGGACUCACCUGUACACCUGUGGCACAGGAGCUUAUAAACCCAUCUGCACCUUCAUCAACAGAGGCUGGAGAGCUGAGGAAUAUCUCUUCCGGCUAGUUCCUGGUUAUGUGGACUCUGGAAAAGGAAAGUCUCCAUAUGAUCCCCGGCAGGAGAAUGCUGCAGCUCUGAUCAAUGGGAACCUGUACGCUGGAGUGCACGUGGACUUCAUGGGUACAGAUCCAGCUAUCUUUAGGACUUUGGGGGACCGGCCUGCUGUCAGAACAGAGCAGUAUGACUCUCGAUGGCUAAACGAGCCUGUGUUUAUUAAAAUCCAGAAGAUUCCCGACAGUGCCGAAAAGAAUGAUGACAAACUUUACUUUCUCUUUCGGGAGAAGAGUUUAGACGCUUCAGGGGGCAGCGCUCCGAGCGUUCUUGCUAGAGUGGGCAGAGUCUGUCUGAAUGAUGAUGGAGGUCAAAGGUCAUUGGUGAAUAAGUGGACAACGUUCCUCAAAGCACGACUGGUCUGUUCUGUAAUUGGUGCAGAUGGUGUUGAAACUUACUUUGAUGAACUGAGGGAUGUUUUCAUACAGAGGACCCAUGAUGAGCGUAACCCCAUCGUGUAUGCUGUGUUCUCCACAGCUGGCUCUGUGUUUAAAGGCUCUGCUGUGUGUGUAUACUCCAUGGCUGACAUCAGAAAUGUCUUCAAUGGGCCCUUCUCUCACAAACACGGUCACAACUACCAGUGGACACCCUACACUGGCAAAAUCCCCUACCCACGACCAGGGACUUGUCCCGGAGGAACCUUCACCCCUGAUCUCCACACCACUAAGGCCUUUUCUGAGGAGGCUGUAAACUUUGUUCGUGCCCAUCCUCUGAUGUAUCAACCCAUAUACCCAAUACACAAGCGCCCCCUGGUGGUCAGGACAGGAGUUGAUUACCGUUUUACCACCAUUGCUGUGGACCUGGUGGAUGCUGUGGAUGGGAGAUAUGAAGUGCUCUUCCUGGGCACAGAUCGUGGAACAGUCCAGAAGGUGAUUGUCUUACCAAAAGACAUCAGCACAACAGAAGAGCUCAUUUUGGAGGAGGUUGAAGUCUUCAAGACACCAGCACCUGUUAAAACUCUGAAGAUGUCUUCUAAAAGGCAACAGUUAUACGUGUCAUCAGAAAAGGGUCUUACCCAGGUGUCCCUGCACAGGUGUGCUGUUUAUGGCAAGGCCUGUUCAGACUGCUGCCUGGCCAGAGACCCUUAUUGUGCAUGGGAUGGAGAAACUUGCUCUGCUUUCACCCCGGCUACCAAGAGGAGAAGCAGGAGGCAGGAUAUCAAACACGGAGAUCCCUUACGCCAGUGCAGAGGCUUCAAUGCUAAAGUAGAGAAGCGUCUGAGGGAGACAGUGCAAUUUGGGGUCGAGGGGAGCAGCACGUUUCUGGAGUGCCAGCCGAGGUCUCCUCAGGCCUCUGUUAAAUGGCUCUACCAGAAGGACGGCAAACGGAAAGCACUUAAUCGAGAUAAAGAAGUCUUGAAGACUGGUCAUGGCAUCCUGCUGAAAUCUCUCACCCAAUCAGAUGCAGGGCUUUACCAUUGCCUGGCAACCGAAAACAACUUCAAACACACCGUGGCCCGUAUCUCUCUACGGAUCCUGGACCGGGAGAUCGCCGAGGCGCUGACUGAGCCGGACAUCCCCAUAGAACCCGAACACCGUCGCCAUCAUUUGCAUCAUCACCCUCCAUCCCCACCCCCUCUCCAGCUCCACCCACUGCCAGAGGUGCGUCUAAUCAGCCAGUACUGCCAGACCUACAGGCAGCAGAUGCAGAGCCAAGCCCACAAACCUAAACGCAACAACCGGAGACACACAGGCGAACAGGAAGAGGAGGGGCCACAGGAGUAGUGAGAGGAACAAGCAUCUGGACACUGUCCAUCAAACGCCUGCCACUCUUUGGUGUGCCCCAUCUUCUCUGUGAACAAUGUGUCCCAUCACUAUGUACUGUCACCUUUAAUUAAUUGAUUCAUUCAUUCAUGAGAUUGAUUCAGUUUAUUCUUUAGAUUUAUCAGACUAUGUCUGAACUCAGUUAUGGUUUUCAUUUUGAGGAGCACUGCCCUACAAAGGCAAAAUGCAGUGACUAUGACAACACUUAGUCUGAGCUGCAAAGUUAUUUGUUUGUCCAGCUAAAUACACACAUAGUAAACACUGCUUAGAUAUGUCAAUGAUUCUAAGCAUAGUCGAGCCAAGUGUGUUUGUCACAGGACAGACUAAAGCAGAAAAGACAGGAUUUUAUGCAUAAAUCUGGCAUAAGUUUUGGCAAAAUAUGUAGUUACUGCAUUUUGCCUUUGCAUGACAUUGCAGUUCAAUGUUCUGUGCACCCCCAACGGAUUUUACUCUGGCUAUGAUUAUACUCAUGUCCCCAUUUACGUUUGUCAUUUUCCAUGGUGAGUUUUGAACAGAGUGCUUUAUCCUUUUAACUGUACUUAAUAAAUUCCUUCAAAUUGUCCAGCCAAACCAGCAAAACUACUGCUGUAUUAAGUCAAAUAUAAGCUAUAUCUAAAGUUCAGUACAUGGACGACAACAGUGUAAAUGCUACCAGAAAUUUCCAAAACAGUUUUGCUAUAGAGGCAUUAGAGCUGCAAAAAGGAUUUGGGUUUGUAUUUAAAGAUUGCUGAUUCAGUCGGCAGUCUUUAAAUCGCCAGACCAUGAAAUACAGCAAUGGAAGGAAUGUUCUGGAGCAUUUGGACAAAAUUCCCUAAGGAUGCUUGGGUGUACUUAGCUGCAAGACUAUAAUUAUGACACACUAUAUCUUGACAUAAUUUGUAUCGUUGAAGUUUUAACCCUUUAUAAUUUUUUCUAUAGUAAUGUCCUUAAAGAACAGGUACAUUAUUUUAGUCUUGAUCAAAGACAGAAAUUGAAAGCCUGAAAACUGUGAUUCUGCGAGGUUAACCAUGUUGGUGUAUGAGUAUUAGUCAAAUACUAACUGUUUUUUGUUUUUUUACAUGUGCUAUGAUACGGAUUUUCAAACAAAACCAAAUGUAUUUUUAAUUGAAAUAUUGUAUGUUUUUCUCCAUUCAUGAUGAAACUAAAAAAGAAAGUAGCUCUAACUGUAAUAGUUAUCAUUUAAUCAUUGCCCUGGAAAGGUAAAUCGGACCAAAAUCAAAGUCAUGGUAACAAGGAUUUGCAAAAAGAAAAAAGUUUUGUAUGCUUAAUUGGAAUUAACGAUUAGAAUUGUCUCUGUUCUGAUAAAUAAAUCUGACCUUCUAUUUCAUUAGCUGUAAAGCAUCUGCAGUUGUUUUUGUUUUGUUGUUUUUUUUUUUUUUUUACAUUAUUUAAUUAAACAAAGCAACUACAACAACAAAAAAAUACCAGUGAGUUUCCCCCUUGUUUGUUCCCAAACAUCUAUCAGCAAACCGUCCUUUCCUGAUCUGGACUGUUGUAUAUACAGGUAUGGGACAGGGGUCGAGUUUUUCAGUCUGGUUGCUUCUAUCUUUGACUCUGUACUCUGAUUCAAAUCCAAUUAAAACAUUCUCACUGAGCAUUGCUGCAAACCAUAA